CAUCUGGGCCACGUUGACAGCGUUGUAAAAUCAGGUGCAUCUGUUGUUGUGGGUCAGUUGGUCCGUCAACGUAGCGAUUCUUCUGUUUAUUUGCAACAUGAGUGUGGGUUUUAUAGGAGCAGGCCAGCUGGCCCACGCUCUUGUGAGAGGCUUUUCAGCUGCAGGUGUGAUUGCCACCCACAGAAUCACAGCCAGUUCUCCAGACACAGAUCUCCCCACAGUACAGAAACUACGGAAACUGGGUGUGAAUUUCACCACAAGCAACAAGGAGACAGUGAGCAGAAGUGAUGUUCUCUUCCUGGCUGUGAAGCCCCACAUCAUUCCCUUUGUGCUUGACGAGAUUGGACCAGAUAUUGAAGGCCGUCACCUUAUUGUGUCCUGUGCUGCAGGUGUUACCAUCAGCUCCAUAGAGAAGAAGCUACAGCAGUAUCGCAAUGCUCCAAAGGUAAUGCGUUGCAUGACUAACACUCCAGUGGUGGUGCGUGAAGGAGCCACUGUCUACGCCACAGGCACCCAUGCUGAGGUGGAGGAUGGAAAGCUUCUUGAACAGCUGAUGGCCAGCGUUGGCUACUGCACUGAAGUGGAAGAGGACCUGAUUGAUGCUGUCACUGGCCUGAGUGGCAGUGGCCCUGCUUAUGCGUUCACAGCAGUAGAUGCCCUUGCUGACGGUGGAGUGAAAAUGGGCCUGCCGAGGAGACUGGCAGUCCGCCUCGGAGCCCAAGCCCUCCUGGGGGCUGCUCGGAUGUUGCUCGACUCAGAGCAACACCCCGGGCAGCUCAAGGACAAUGUGUGCUCACCAGGGGGCGCCACCAUACAUGCCCUACAUGUCAUGGAGAGCGGCGGUUUCCGCAGCCUUCUUAUCAAUGCUGUAGAAGCCUCUUGUGUUCGGACGAGGGAACUUCAGUGUUUGGCUGACCAAGAGAAGAUCUCUCCUGCUGCCAUAAAGAAGACAACUUUGGACAAAGUGCUCCAGCAGCCAGGAGUCACUGCAGAAGCUGUUGGAGUCACAUCUCAUGGGAUCAGCAUCUUCAACAGCAGUAACCCCAGGAACAAGAAGAAAUGAUCUUUUUUUUUUUUUUUUGUCAGGCAGAGAAACUGCCAACUUUAGUGUGACUUGUUACAUCACUGGUGAUGCAGUAUAAGCUGUCAACAAACCACGACCAGCAAAUAACCUAUAAGUACACAAGCUAACACUGUCAAGCACUUUCUAGAAAAUGAAAAUCACAAAAUUUGGAGUGACAUUUGAAUAUAGGAAAACUGUAAUUUCCCUUUUGCCGUCACUAGGCAAAUAGGUAGUAUGAUUCAUGCGCUGUAUAGCUUUC